AUGAUUGGUGUUGGAAUAUUUUCAAGUCCUGGUUUAGUUUUAAGUGAAAUUGGCUCUCCUGGGAUAGCAUUAAUUUUAUGGGCAGUGGGUGGAGUUGCCACUUUAUUCGGAUCACUUUGUUAUUUCGAGUUAGGACAUUCUCUAAGCACAGGCGGAGAAAUUGAGUAUUUGAAUCAAGCAUAUCCUCGUCCAAAAAAACUAAUUAGUUAUAUUUUUAGUUUUGCCAUGGUUGUGGCAAUACGACCAGCUUAUAUUUCAGCUGUCGCAAAUGUUUUCGCGCAAUAUUUCUUAUAUUUAAUCAAAGGAUGUUAUGACAUUGAUUAUCUGCAUCCAAAGGGAUACAUUACUGAUUGGAACUUUUGGCAAUUACGACUUUGUUCAUUAGCUGCAGUAGUUAUAGUCACAUUUUAUCACAUUUCGAUUAGUUCUAUCAAAUGGGCCAGUCGUAUAAAUCAAACUUUUACGAUCAUAAAAAUGCUGACACUGCUUAUGAUAUCGUUUAUUGGACUAGUAGCAAUUCCUCUGUUUAUUAACGAUGAAAACACGAAUUGGAAAAAUAUGUUUCCUAAUGAUAUGAAUAUUAGCGCACGCUCUUUGGCUGCUGCACUUAUUCCUAUUUCAUUUGCAUAUAAUGGAUGGAAUAAUUUAAAUUAUAAUUCGGAUGAUACCGUCGAUCGACAACAAAAUUCACUCGUGCCAAAUAUUAUUAGUGUCAGUAUUGUUAGUUACUUGUACCUUUGUGCUAAUAUCGCAUACACAAAUGUACCAUUAUCAAAAAUAGCCGGCAUUAAUGGACCUUCAGAAAUUAUUGCUGACCAAUUCGCUUUCCUAGUCGGCAGGUUUAAUUUAGCUCGUGCAUUCUCUUUUUUCGUCUGUUUAUCAGCUCUUGGAGCAUUGGCCGCGAACGUGUGGACUGGAUCACAAGUAAUUGUAACCGCUGCUAAAGGAGAUUAUAUUCCUUUCUCGUCAAAGUUCCAAAAAGAUAAAAAAUCUGCAUUGAUAACACAAGCAAUUUGGUGUUCAUUGAUGAUUGUUUUUUAUCCUCUUAAUGAUCCAUUUAAAUUUUUUGUUAAUUUGAGUGAGUAUUGCAUGUGGGUAUUUCUAUUUCUGAGCGCUUUGGGAUUGUUGUUUCUGCGUCGUCAUUCUAAACGCCUAUUCAAAGUACCUAUUGGAAUACCCAUAAUAUUUAUUAUAUUCGCACUAUUUAUAAUCAUUGGGUCUUUCAUAAACGAUUCACCACAAAAGCAACAACAAUUCCUCGACGACGACCAAUUCCUUGACGACGACCAAUUCCUUAACGACGACCAAUUCCUUAACGACGACCAACUAUGUGAAAGUUCUAAAGUCUACAGAUACGUAGACUACCAAUAUCACCUUCCUUAUAUUAUCAGUUUUGUCGUAAUAGCAGUUUGUGCAAUUUGCUGGUACUUUGCACCCCGUACAAGUAAUAACAAUGACAAUAAUAGUAUUUCGUCGGAAGAUGCGGGGUAA